GGCGGGCGUAGUGGAUUUUCAAGGUGGAACACAUUCUCCCAUAGUUAUCAAGCUGCUGACAACAAAACACAGAAAAAUGUCGAAAAUGUCGGCAGAAUUGCUUCUCUCUCCACCACAGAUGUCGCGUCCAAGGGAACGAGUGUUGUAGAAGCAAGAUAUGGAUUCCAGCCUUCCAUGUUUGAUCUUCUUCAUCCUGACUGGCGUGACCCCAUGCUUUGGAGACAAGCACAAUGACACUUGCCAUCAUGACUAUUGCGUCCUUGGAGCUGGACCUGCAGGACUGCAGAUGGGGUACUUCCUCUCCAAAGCUAAAAGAGACUACAUAAUCUUGGAGAGGAACUCAGAACCGGGCGGCUUCUUCCACAAAUAUCCCAGGCACAGGAAACUCAUCAGCAUUAAUAAGAUCCACACUGGACGGCAGAACAGAGAGUUCAACCUGCGCCAUGAUUGGAACUCCUUGCUGAGUGAUAAACCUGACCUCCUGUUCAGGCAAGUGAGCAGUGACUUUUACCCGCCAGCUGAUGCCUUCCCGCUUUACCUGUCCAUGUUUGAGAGGGAGCUCGGGCUGAGGGUCACAUAUGGCGUGGAUAUUGGAAGGAUCAGGGCUGUGAUGUCAUCAACAAGCAGGAGUUACAUCCUAACUGACCAACAUGCAAAGGAUUACACAUGCAGUGUUCUCCUGGUGGCUACCGGUCUGUGGGUUCCUCAGGAGGUAGAGUUUGUCGGUUCUGACCUGGUGGAGGGCUACGAAUCUAUCUCCACCAACCCAGAGGACUAUAAGAACCAGGCGGUACUGAUUCUGGGCAAAGGGAACUCUGCUUUUGAAACAGCGCAGAGCAUCUUGGGGAAAGCUAGUCGGAUCCACAUGGUCAGUAGCAGCCCUGUUCGACUGGCUUGGCAAACACAUUACGUUGGCGACCUCAGGGCUGUGAAUAAUGAGCUCAUAGACACGUACCAGCUAAAGUCCCUUGAUGGGUUGGUAGAAGCCAGCCUCGAACGAAUAGUGAUCGUUCGACAAAAGGAUGAAGGCAGGAGGAAAUCAAGCAGAAAAUCUGGCAAAGAGGAGAAGAGACGGUUGUAUGUGACGUUAAAUAAGUACAUACAAAAGCAGUCCGAGAAGAACAGUUCGGAUGUGACAGCAGAAGAGUUACUUGGAUAUCACAUCGACAACUUCUCCAUGCGGAAACCCUAUGACCGAGUGAUUCGAUGCCUUGGCUUUCGAUUCAACUUCAGCAUAUUUGACAGCUCUGCCUGCCCACCCAACAGUGAGAAUGCAAGAGGGAGAUUGCCAAGGGUGACAGCCUGGUAUGAAGGUUAUGAUACUCCUAAUUUAUUUGUAAUUGGAGCUGCUGCGCACUCCAGAGACUACCGCUCAUCAGCUGGUGGUUUUGUUCAUGGAUUUCGCUAUACAGUGCGAGCUGUACAUCAUGUGCUUGAACACCGCUACCAUGGGGCACUGUGGCCAUCUACAAAACUGUUGACAACACAGCUGCUGUCUGCAGUUCUGAAGCGGGUGGGCGAGGCCUCUGGGCCCUACCAGAUGUUUGAGAUGCUUGGAGACGUGAUUUUGUUGGGAGGAUCUCACUGCCAAUAUGUGGAGGAAUUCCCACUCCAGGCCUUGCCGCAGUUCUUGUCUCUGUCGGGCCACGAGGUGUCCGAGCAUGGACUCGUGGUUCUAGUGAUGCAGUAUGGGAAGAAGAAGAUCGACUAUUUGGGACAAGGCCGGGCAGUAACAGAUUGGACCAAAGCUUGGAAAUCCAACUUUUUACACCCAGUUUUAUAUUACUAUGACACACUUCCUACUGAGGAAGAGAUGAAGCGCCGUCCCCACAGGUGGCCUUUGCCAAGGCCUAAGGCAAUUCAUCACAUGGUUGAGGACUUCCUCACUGAGUGGGAUGCUCCCAUAUCUCACAUCCAGCCUUUGCGCCGCUUCCUGGAACACUGUGUCCACACUGACCUCAGAUCCUUCUAUGCAGAAUCAUGUUUCCGCUUAUCCCUCACCCACCGGAAGCCUCCGCUGUUUUGCCGCCAAGGAUACUUGAAGCAGCAAGGCGUUGUUCACAGUAAACUGCCGCACUUUCGUUACACUGAAACUUUGCCUGGUGAGCAGCAUGCGGACACAUCUGGGGCUGAUGCUGCAUUCCCUAACUACCUGGCACAAGCUGGAGCCUCCAUGUCAUCAGGAAUAAAACUUGACCUAUGAUUGUUUUUGAAUGUCCGUUUAAGCUAUGUCUGUCACACCAUUCGGGUCUCAGGCCUGCUACCUCCAGCACCUACAAAUCCAGAUAAACCCCUCUACAGACCACUGGUUCCUCACCAAUCUGAUCCUUCAAUUUGUCACUCAUCGCCAAAGCGUAAAUGUUAAUCACUUGAAUUGUUCUGCCAAAGAAUGAUUGCCGUUGCUUUAAUUUUCAUGUAGUAAUCCUUUAUUUGUGGCACAGUGGGGCAAUACAAUAUUGUCAAAUGUCACUAAAAACAGCAAACAAGCAACAGAAAGCCUACUUUGCCUCAUAGCCUUAUCAUAACACCUACCUUAGAUGGAAACCAUUGCUUGCUACUGGAGAGAAACAUGUCCUUUGUAAACGUGUAUUGUACAGUAUAUUAAAAGUGUUCUCCUUUUA